CAGGGGCGAACUAGACAUAGAUCAGACAUGUUUGGAUACCAAUGAGGCUUUUUUCGAACCAGACAAGUUGUUUCUCGAUCCAUUGGCCAAGGAGAUGGCUGAUGAGGCGGAGAGUUUCGCUUCAUACUCUAGACUCUGGGAAUAUAAAUGGGGGAAAACCCGUGGUUUCUUCACAGACCCAACGGUUUUGAGUUCAAUGCAGUUUACACACUACACGCCUGGACGCCUGCCAUACAGCAUGGAGUGUACCACCCUGGAAACCUUGCAGAUCAUCUCCAUCAAACUCACUGAACUUGCUGGUGCCCUUGAGUUGCCAUUGUCUGUGUAUGGUGUGGUUGCGGUCCGAGACAUGGUGGAUCGCAACCGAAACAUUCUCUUCUCUCGAGAUUGGAGAAAUCCCCAAGAACUGAAACAGAAUGAUCCUUUUCUGCACUUGACUGGUCCGUCACGUGCAAUCGUGUUUAUGGACAAGGUUUGCAUUGAAAUCAUGCUAAGAGUAAAAAGCGGGGCAUACUCUCAAGAUAAAGCGUUGAUCAGUUGUGUGCGCCGUUACACGGGAGUAAACGGUCCAUGUGUGUCUACCAUCUGCUUCAAGAAUAGCUUGUGCACCGUAGAGGUGUGCUUGCAGCCAGUUAAACAAACGGUCCAGGCCACUAUCUUGGGUGUCCAGGUUGCUAGCGAAGAUGGAUCCUGGCCUUUAAAAUAUGGCGGCCUAGUUGCUUGCUCCCCACAAUCAGGGAAACUUGUGUUCACUGAUAGUGGAUACACGCGUAGGAUUAAUCCCUCAUCCAGCCAGAUUGUGCUGAUUGAGUCAGGAGAUGAAGCAAUGCUGAAAGGUGAAAGUGGUCAUGUACUUCUGCGGAGGCAAGUUGUUUCUGUACAACUUGAUGGAAGGUUGGACUUUUUCAUAAAAGCCUACUCCAAAUCUGGUGCUAUCGCUGCAGAAACUCGUGUUCAUUUCUAUCCCAAAGUUUGUAACAUAAGCCAGAAGAAAUGUUACCUUGGCGAUGCUGGGGUAACUGUUACUGUUGCUUGGUCUCUUGUUGCGGCGAACAAGACGGAACUUUGUCUCGAGCUAAAGGGUGGAAGCAUUUUUUGAAGCUUGCAGCUAUGAAGAUUUCAUUGUGACAUAUUGGAGUUUGGUUGUAUUUCUGAAUCAGCAAGCUUUUAAA